AUGCCUGUCACUUGCUCCAAUGAAGGUUGUGACGAAGUCGUGAGCAAACGCGAUGUAAAGCAACACGAGCUCGAUUUAUGUCGCUUCAAGACGACGACCUGUGACGACUGUGGGAAAAAAAUGCCUCACCUUGAAUAUGGCGCCCAUGGCUGCGUCCUACGACGUGAAAUGGAUGAAGUAAAGCAGGGUCUGACAGAAAUGAAAGCCACGCAACAUGAAAUGAUGGAAGAAAUGAGAGAAGGCAUUCAACGAUUGACGAUUGCGUUUGAAAGUCUGCAAAAGUCUGUAAACUCCAAGAGUACUGAUAUUGUUGUCAUCGCAGGUUUCAAUCCCAAAACAAAACUGUUCCUUUCUUCUGUUGAGCGAUUUAACUUGUUAAACCAAACCUGGGCACAACUGCCUCGGUUGAAAAUAGCUCGAACGAAUUCUGCAGCUUUAGUGCUUAAGAAUCAAUUGUUUGUUUGUGGUGGGUUCCACAAAUCUGAUGGGUAUCUGGAUAGCAUAGAAGUAUUGGAUCUGAAUGGUAAUCCUCCAGAAUGGCAUGACUUUUUUGUCAAUCUUCCUAUCAAGGUCUCUGAUCACAAGUGCGUCGUCCAUGGGGAUCGUUUGCUGAUUAUUGGUGGCGAAACGAGGUCAGGCGAGAAUUUGGACACGAUAUACGAGCUUCUCCUUGUUCCUCCGUAUUCAUCCAAGUUGCUUUGUCACAUGAAGAAGAAACGAGCGUACCAUGGAGUGGAGUUGUUCGACGAGAAGGUUUUAAUCGCUGGUGGUGCUGGAGCUGAAACUGAUGUGGAAAUAUUCGACAUAGCAAGAAAUGAAUGUGUUGAAAUGCCACCACUGCCAUCUCGUGUUUGCCGUAUGGGCACAGUUCGUCGUGGUGACACCAUGCUUUUGAUUGGAGGCGUGGACGGUAUCGACGCACAGAAAGCCAGCAAUGCGAUUAUCGAGUACGAUUUCAAAACUGGCCAGAAUAAGAUCCUAUUGGCCAUGAAAAUGAAACGAGCUGACUGUUUGUGUGUUUGUCGUGGAAACACGCUUAUUGUAAUUGGUGAUGUGGGGUACAACUCUGAUGCAGUGGAUUGUUUCAACUUUUCAUCAAAUUCUUGGAAGAGAUUACCCUCAAUGGCUGAGGCAAGGGUAUUUGCUUCUGCAGUUCUUGUAAAUUUGGAGAAUUUUGAAUUUUGA